GGACUAUGGAGAAUAUAAAUAACGAUUUCAAGAGUAUAUUUGGUAACAUUUCUAUAACUAGCGAUGGUUAUCGCACUUAUUUCUCAGAUUUAACUGCAUCCUAUCCGCUCAAACUUAUCGCACCGACUAUACGGAGUGGUCCAGCGAGAAUCGGUAUAUGCUAUAGUCUUCAAUAUGGGGGUGGAUUGGUUGCGGGUGAUAUAUGCAACCUCGGAGUAAAAGUCCAAGAUGGUAGUACUCUCCUACUACUCACUCAAGGAUCAACAAAAGUUUUCAAAAGCGAUGGUAUAAAGACAUCCCAACAGAAAUUAUCAACCACUGUUGAUCCCGGUUGCAUGAUUAUUUCCCUUCCUGAUCCCGUUCAACCAUUCGCACAGUCGCGGUAUAAACAAAAACAGAAUUUCUACUUACACUCUACAUCAUCUGCUGUCAUAUUAGAUGCUUUCUCAAGUGGUAGAAGUGCACGUGGUGAAUCAUGGCAAUUCGAUACUUACACUUCCAUUAAUAACAUAUACAUUGAUGAUGUUUUAAUAAUCAGAGACGCUCAAACUGUCGCGAAACCGGAUAUAGAAAAGAGAAUGGGACCUUUUCAUGUUUACGGGUUACUUAUUUUACUUGGAAAACAAACCGAAGAUGUAAGACGGGCGUUCGAACAUGCAUACGAUAAGCAAAAUGCCGUAUUAAACGGGAGAUUCGACAUUGGAAUGGAUGUUUUAUGGUCUUACACUCCAAUCAACAAGGACGCUUCCGUUAUUAGACUAGCAGGUAAAGAUGAAGAAGUUAUCAAAUUAUUUCUACGUGACAACUGCAUCAACUUACAAGAAGUCAUCGGAAUGGAAGCCUACGUUAGAUGCUUUAAAUGAACAAUUGAUUAGACUAGUUUUAUUGUACAAUUAUUUAUUAUUAUUAGUGAUGAUCUCAAUUUAAUUGGCUACCUUGGCAUCCUUUGAGCGUACUCUAACACCUUUACCGAGCACUUUCACUUUAUCUAACAGACUUCUCUUUCUAGUUAACAGAGGCUCGCUUUCGUUCUCUUUCUCCUUGAUCGGAGUUUCUGGUGGUGGUGUUUCUUCUUUCUCGCUUUUCCCUGUUGGUGGCUCCGGUAAGUUCUUAUCGUAUGCACUUGGUGAUGGUGAAAUUGAAGGUGUUUGACUUGCGGUUGAAUUUCCACCACUUUGAGAUUUAGGUGAUCUUCUGCUACUCUUCCACCUCUUGAGUAAAGAUUGACUACGUCUCAUGGUGUCACUUGGUCCCACAGAUGAUCUUCUUGUACUACCACCUGACCAUUGUAUUGGCUUGUCAGGAUCAAUCUCAUCAUCCAUCUUGAUUGGUCGCGGUGGGGGUAUUCUCGUACUAGGUUUCCUUGUCGGUUUUGGUGGUAAAAGAGGUGAUUCUUGAUACAUGUCGGAAGUUACACGUGCGCCACCUGAUGGUAAAUUCUUUGCACCAGCGCUAAAUGCUUCCCAAGGUUCCUCUUCAUGUUUACCCCAAACUUCUAACAAUGGAUUACGCUUUUUCUUCUCUUCUCUCAACCUAUUCUCUCUUUCAUCCUCCGUCUCUGCUGGUUUUACUUCACAGCAGUUACGUCCCAGCUAUCAAUUACAUCAAAGUGCUUUCCAGGCUUCUUUCCUGUCUUUGAAUCUGUUGUGUUUGAUCUAGACAUCCUAGCUGCUGACUUCCUCGCACCAUCAUCGGAAUUACUCUGGGGAUAUGCUCCAUCCUGUGUACGCGAUCUGGAUAGAGGUAACUGUUGUGGUACAGACUUUGGUGAUGGUAGAGG